GCAGGAAAAGCACAAAAAACGACAAGGAAGCGGACGUUGCAAACACAGCAAGAGAAACCGCUAAAGGAGACACCGAAACUGAAAAAGGAAGAUGAGAAAGAAGGGAGAGAAGAAGUUGUUGCCACGACUACAUCACGACAAACACAAGACAUUCCGGGUGACGUCAUAACAAAAGCUCAACAGCCACUACAGAGUGACGUGACGAUUCAACAGCAAACACAAGACAUUCCGGAUGAUGUCAAAAUAAAAGCUAAACAUCGACGUCAGAGUGACGUGACGAUUCAACAGCAAACACAAGACAUUCCGGAUGACGUCAUAGCAAAAGCCAAGGAGCGACUCCAAAGUGGCGUGACCGAGGAGCAGCUUGGAACAGCCGAGCACCCGCGUCUCUCCCUCUGGGACUUCGGCGGCCAGGCCACGUACUACGGCUCGCACCAGUGCUUCUUCACGUACCGCGGGAUUUACAUCCUGGUCAUGUCACUGCUGCAGAAGCUGUCCGACCCUGUUCCUGAUUUGGACUACAAAGCUUCAGCGGACAACCUCGUAACUGGAAGAGACUACUUAGACCACUGGCUGAACUCAAUCCGCACACACACCCUGGUGCACGGGCGGGAGCAGACAGGAGAGCCGCCUGUCGUCUUGGUCCUCACGCACAAGGGUAGGGUCAGCGAGUCUGACAUUGAGGAGUACAAGAAAGACAUACUUGACCAUAUAAGCGGCAAGGCUGCUGGUAAACACGUCUUGCCAAAGAUAUUUGUCAUCGACAACUUCGACAAGGACAACAGCGACAUUGACGAGCUCCGAGAAUACCUCCGUGAGGUGGCGAAGGGUCUGUGGUUCAUGGGCGAGAAGGUGCCGAUCAAUUGGCUUCAUCUGAAGUCCAAACUGAUGGACAAGAGGAGAGAUGACGUCCCAUUCUGCCGGUUCCAAGAUGUCGUGGAUCUGGCCCGGAGUGAUGACGUGGGCAUCACGGACGACAGCCGUGUUGCCGACAUUUUGACCUUCCUACACGACCUUGGUGACAUCAUCUUCAUCAACGAACCCGUUCUACAUGAUCACGUGGCCCUUCGACCCCAGGUGAUGAUUGACGUCUUCAAGACCAUCAUCACCGUCCCGGAGUACCAACAGGACAGGAGCACGGAUGGGGAAGUUGCCGAGAUGUGGAGUAGGCUGGAGACCGAAGGCAUCCUCAGUGACAGGCUGUUGACAAUCAUCUGGACCAAAGCAGAUCAGAAGAUGCAGAAACCCUUCUUCCUGCGGCACAAGUCCUUCCUGAAGCGACUGAUGGAAAAGUACUACCUCCUCUGCAACGCCACGCCGAUCGGUGGGUUUGGUGACACAGCGGGCAAGCCUGAGAAAGAAGAGAUCUACUUCGUACCUUCUCUCCUGUCCGCAAAGCCUGACGACAGCACCUUGUAUCCUGGGCACAUGAGGAGAGGCCGGCGUCCUCUGUAUGUCGUAUUCGACAACAUGUUCCUGCCAAGCGGCAUGUUCUACCGUCUACAGGCCAUCUGUGUGCGCAGGUUUGGUCUUGAAGAGUCCCACGUGUUCGCCGGCUGUGGCCGCUUCCCUACCGACGAUGUGAAGCAACAGUUCGUGGUAACCAAAGUGAAGCACUACCUGAAGGUGGAGCUUCUGUGGGCUGAAGACCAGACAGAGUUCACACAGGGCCUUCCCGUGAGAAAGUUCAGCAGUUGUCUCUUCGAGAUCAAGGAGAAGUGGAUCCCGUCUAUCCAGUAUGACUGGUGCUUUGGGGAAGAGUCAGGUGAAGAAACCGGAACACCAGUAUUCCAUCCACUGUCUGACAUCGAGCAAGAAACGGCAACAGGAUCCAGUCGUUUUCCAGAAGACUUCAGCGAUGUCUGGAUGGGUGGUAGCGGUGACACGAGAACGCCUUGUGCAGAGAACUCAGGUGGUUCCGGACCCGUGAUGAUAGAGCCCAAGGUGACCCCAGAUGAUAUGAAAGCAGUCCACACGAUCGGCCCUGUCCUGGACUGUAUGGAGACCUGCAGAGGGCUGAGUCUGGCGCAGUGCGAUCGCAUCAGGCACGAGCUCACAUCCGUCAGCAGGUUCAAAAAGCUAGUUGCCACCGUCGACAGGUCCGGAGACAUGUGUCGUCGCUUGCUGGGAGCGUCCGUGGAAGUUUGUCUGCCUGAGAGAGCACCCAUGUUCCCCAGGGAAGAGAGAGGGAACGAAAUUGUUCUCCUACACGUCGGAGACUACCACGACAUGCUCGUCCAGCCACUGUUGAAACAGUUAGUCCAGUCCUCCAGCAGGUACGGUGUAACGGUGUCUGAAGACUUCAUCGAACCUGGCGAUAUUAUCACAGACAAACUCUUAGGUCAUCUCCUCCAGCGGAACGUCAGGAUGAUCGUACCAAUCAUCACACCCCAGACUCUCCACAGCAGGCACUGGUCCACGCUCGGGUACGGAUUCUGCGUACAGAACAAGAACCUGAUCUUUCCGGUCUUCGCGUACCCUGAUGGAACCAGAGAGCGUUUGCUAGAGGUGCUCGGCAGGCGCUGUGCGGGGAUGUUGGAUAUGGCAUCAACAGAAGUACCAAUGACUGAAGAAAAAACGUCCAGUACCAAAAUCAGUCUUACUGCUACACAGAUCCUGAGGAAGGCGUCGUCUUCUGUUGUUCUGUACACACGCCAGAUCACAGAAGAAGGCUGCACGGUUGUAGAGGAUGGCGUCACUAUCUCCUUUCCGAAAGGAUGCGUCAAGAAGAAAAGGUUCAUGUCUUUGGAGGUUGACAUGCUGCCCAUAGAUGAAACUAUGGCAAAGAGUUUCUCGGCUGUGACACCGGUAAUGACCGUGCACCUAGACACCGAGGAAGACUUCCUAAAGCCUGUCACUGUCACCCUGCCCUGGACAUGGAAAAGCACCUGCAACCUGGGCAGAACCAUCCUGAUGAAAAGGUCCACUGAUCACUGGUCGACAUUAAGCACCGAGGUUCGAGAGACCAAGGACACGAUCACCUUCACAACGUGUCACUUCUGCAGCGUUGUCGGUGCCAAGAAAAAAGACAGUGCUGCAGAAGACUCCUCUACUGGCACUAGUACAGAACAGCAGGACGAGGCGGCCAAUCAAGAGGAAACCAAAGCUAUAGAUGUCCUUGUUACAAGGUACGGUGACGACAAAGUGCAUCUCAUUAUCAGUCCCAAUGAGGCAACGACAGACGACAAGCGCAUUCAUCUGCUGUGCAUCGAGAAGGACAAAAAAGUCACGGACUACUUCAGAGCAGAUAACUUUAAGACACCACCGCCGUUCCAACAAGAGGUCAUUAUGGACAAGAAGGAGAGAAUCCGUGCGCGAUUUGGCGAGGAAGAGGACGUCAUUGGAGACCCACGUGACAUUCCGCCGGAGCCACCUGGUAUUCAAUUCGUCUUCCCGCCGGCGAACUGCAACCGAAAAUCAGUCAGACUGAAGCUGCGAGAUCCGCAGAUAGGAAAGGGGAAGUUUGAAGGAGCAGUACAUUUCACACUACUGUCAGAAGCAGGUGAACCAGUGAGUGACCCCAUCCGUCGGAUAGAUUCAGCCCAUGUCUACCUACACUCUCUGCAAGGCAAGAAGAAAUCCGGAAAACGACAGUCCAGCCUGCCAAGCGAUAGUCCCGCGUUGGCAAAGAAAGCAAGGCGAGAUGGAGUCACCGAGGGUAGGAGUAACCAGGUUUCUGUAAGCCUGUCCUUUCCACAAGCCGCGCAGUCCGAACAAGAGGUCCCAUCUGUUCUGAUGGUUAACGAUAAGUACGAUGAAGGAGGGACAAGUCAGGUUCAGCAGAAGGAAGGCACUGUGAUCACCAUGACAAAGGCGUCCCAGAUACAACAUAAGAAAGGUGGAAAGAGGAAAGCCAAAACUCGGCAUGUUGGCGAGUCCAGCGACAGUGAACCCCCGGUAAAGCGAUCAAAGCAAGAGUCUGUUCUAUUGGUCAACGAUAAGUACGAUACGUCCCAAGGAGGUACUUCUAUCACAAACCGUCAGGUGGCACAGUUUCUGAAAUUCCAUGGUGCUACAGUUCAUGUUACAGCUUUGCAAGCAUCUGAAGAUGACAAGAGGUGUGCCACAGAGGAUGGUGUCAUUUUGCAUCUUCCUGUCAAAAAACCCAGGGACAAGAGGACGCCUUCUUUGGAAUGGUUGACUUUUGAGCACAACAAUCAUUACCCAGACAUACCACAGGAUCUGAAGUGCAUAGUGGGGCAUGUAGAUGUUACAAGUGAAGCUGCAAAGAGCAUACAAGGACAACAGGCAAAAUUGGUCCUUUUCAACCACGACAUGCCUGAAGAGACGGAGUACUACGAAGGAGCUGAGAAAGCGAUGACCGCUGGAAAGAAGAUGGAAGACAUCCUCGAGGAUACCAAGAAUGCAGAUGCCGUGUUCUCCUUGGGAAGAAGAAUCUACGACUACUUCGAGACAAAGUACAGGUCACUUGGAGAAAGCAGGCCAAAAAAACACUUCUUGUUUCUUCCAAGACCAUCCCCAGUGUUCGAGGCCAUCUCUGUCAGACCAGGAGGAGGGCAGAAAGUCGUGCUGUCUGUUGGGAGAGUGACCGAAGUGGACAAGCUGAAAGGCCGUGACGUCAUAGCACGGGCCAUGGGGGAGGUGGCAGAGAAGAUCACAAACGUCAGUUUGCGUGUUCGCGGGAUAGAUGAAGAUGACUAUGAAGCGAGCAAGAAAAUCCUGGAGGAGAACCUGCACAGUGGUAACAUCAAGCCCACACUACGGCCGUGUGGAACCCAGGAGGAUAUCGCUCAGGAAAUGAAGCAGGCCCAUCUCGUCGUGAUGCCGUCCCGCGCCGAGCCGUUCGGACUGAUCGGUCUGGAGGCCAUCGCAGCAGGCAUCCCGGUACUCAUCUCUGAUAAGUCAGGCCUGGCAGACAUGAUCAUGGACUUGAUCGAGAAGGAGAAGUGCCCUGCAGAUAUGAGGCACAGGAUUGUAGAAACCAGUGUGAGGGAGUCCGAUUUAGAUGUCGCUGCAAAAGAAUGGGCAAAGAAGAUCGUGGACACGUUGAAGCACUCUAAACAUGAAUUCGACAAAGCAGCAGAAUACAAGAAGAAGCUCUUAGAGUCUAAGUACUGGGAAGAGUCACACCAAAACCUGCUGCGGGUCUGUGGAUUGAGUGACUGACUCUAGAUCGAGUCCACUCUCCCACAUGUCAGACUCCUUGUCGCUGAUUC